AUGCUAUACCUUUUAGGUUCAUUGCUAUUUAUACACGCUGCGUAUUCAUCAUUUGAAUUCCACCAAUUAUUAAAAAUACACUCGGAAUAUGACUAUUUACCACUACCAACGGAAAUUACCGUCGAAGUUAUAUUGGCAUUAGUUACAUUUAUAAUUGGAUCUAUAAUUUCAAUCGAGAAUGAACCUAAGCUAUCAAUAGAUAAUAAGUUAAUUCUGCAAGACGAUAAGUAUUUGAAAAAAAUUGAGAUGAGGAAGGCUAUGAGAGAAUUCGAAAAGGUCGGUAUUAGUGGAUUUGAAGAAUAUGACUCUAGGGUCGAUUUCAUUGAUAUUAAGCAAAAAAGAAAAGAAUAUAACGAUUGGGUUAAUAAAUGA